UACAUAAUUAAAUCAAGUAAUUAACAAGUAAUCUGGGUUUUACGAGGAUUAUGAUAGAAUUUCAAUAAGAUUUGUUGUAACUUCGUGAAAGGAAUCGGCAAUUGAAACCUGUUGUGGGCGUCACCUUAAUCAAGGAGUCUGAGUGCUGAUGGCCCUGUGAGCGAUGAUCCGUUGAUCCCGCUGAAAUGAGGGGAUCACAUCAACACUUCAAAGAAGGACUAACACCCGAUUAAGACAUGAAUGGGGAAUCAAUAUCAAUAAAAAAGCUAAACUUCUUUCCUUUGAGUAAUAUAAAAUAAGGCUUUUUAAUCUGAAAAAAGAACAAAAAUAUAAUUAUUUAAGUAAGCAACCUUAAAGGAAAUCAAAGCAUUUAGAUUUCCACUUUCGAUGAGAUGCAUUCUGGGUGCUUCUUUUGCCAAGUUUAAUUCAUAAUAAUAUAUAAACAGAGAUCGGCAUGUCUGAAAACAUGUUACAUAUAGAGUAUGUCAUUCUAAUUCUUAACCUAGCCUCUGUCCUCUGAAGAGAAACUGAGAUUUGAAGGGCAGCUCUGAGGGGUCUGACCAUUUGGUGUCAUGUUGAAUAAACACAAAGGUGCUGGAGUUUUCUAAAGAGGAGGCUCAGGCCCCCACGCUGAUCCUGUUUGUGUGUUUGGGCCAGGUUUUGUUUUAAGUCGGGGGUGUUAAACACCUUCCCCCUGAGAUAAAAGAUGAUUAAUGCCUUUGAAUGAGCGACGCUUUAAUGGCUCAAGGCUACUUAAGCACUUCAUUAGGGUGAGCUCGGGCCUGUCGACACACUCGAGCCACUGCGACCCUCGCAGCGAAAACAGAAAAGCUGCAGAGAGUUCCUUUGAAGUGGCCAGUGCUUGUAAGAACUCCAUCCCACAAAGCAUUCGGCAUGGAAAUUUGAUUAGCUCUCACUUUUUUUUUUUUUGAUUCCACACCACUUUGAGACCUUGUUUUCAGGUCACAUUCGGGGCUGAAGCUUCAUCCCAUAUAAAUAUCAGAGGCAUCAGUGAGCACAGGGACACUCAGGAUCUGGCAGCUGAAGAGCAGAUUUGGACGUAAGCCAUGGAUGUACCCCGACCAUUCCUACUCCUCCUGUGUGCCCUCCAUCUGACCUUGAGCGGAGUUUUCAGCAAACACAUAGAUCACAGAAACCUGUUCACACAGAGAGUGUGCUGCAAAAGACAGAGUCAUUUUGUCUACAUUGGUCAAGACAUCUCUGGGAGUCCUGUCAGCGUUGAUGUGGGGAUGUGCAGGUCGCACUGUGGGGGAGCAUCCAGGCCAUUACAUGAAGCAGGGCAGCGGGAUUACUCCAAACAUUCCUCAAUGCUGGAAUUUCUCAGAAGCAAAAAAAUGAGAACGCGCGGAGCUGCAGCUCCAGAGAGCCCGGAGCCCCUGAACCAGCUGCCCUCCUGCGGCAUGAACCAGGUGUGUGAGCCGACCGGGAUGCGUGUGGAGCGGGUGCUUCUCUUCGAGGGACCCCGGGAGGUGGAGGUGAUCGAGGAGUGCCACUGUGAGCUCAAGAUGACCCAGUGCGUCCGCGUCCCCGCACUGAGGACUUACUACUCCGAGACGCCAUAUGAGACAGUCAUCGACGUGGGAGGAUGCUCUCGGUCCAAAGGCUCACCAGAGGGUUUCUCCUGCGUCCCCACUAAGUUUGAUUCAGCCUUGGUGGACACCCCCAACAAAGCGGACCUGAUCCAGACUGUGACAGCCUGUGAGCUGAAGGAAAGCUGCUACAGGGUCCCAUAUGUGGAGUAUUACUAUGAAACAGUCCACCACGCUGAUGGAGUCAAAGAGGAGAGGCUCAAAGAAAUAGAUGUGGGCAGAUGUUUGGGAGGUUGCACUACAGGAAACCGAUGCCUUCUCAGGAGUCCAUCUGAUCCAGAGAUCUGCCACUUAUGGGCUGAGAGACAGUCCAGCUCCUGUGUUCCCCAGGGCCACGAGAGCCACAGCUUCCUUAACCAGCACGGGCAGCUACGCACUGUGCUCUCCAUCACUUCUUGCCUGUGCCAAAACUGAACACUGCGCCCCCUACUGGAAAAUAACUUCCAAUCCUUUCUUGUCAAGUUUCAACUCUAGUAGCUGCAGCCCAUUGAUGACCCCAUCAAAUAUUAUAACAUUUGUUUAAGAAUUUGCUACCCUAAUGUAUUAUUGUAUUAUAUGUAAUAUAUGUAAAAAUGAUAAUUUUGUAAAUAAAUUUAAUACA